CAAAAAUUAAAUAAAGUGGAAAAGAAAUAGAGAGGGUGAGAAAAGAGGCGAAGGGAAACGAAACGUGCAAUUGGGAAGAAGACUACUGGAAAUGGAGGCUCUGGCGCAGCUAGAGAGAGUCCAGACCCGAAUCCUCCACCGCAUAUCGGACCUUGAACUUUCUCACUCCCUCUCUUUGCAAUCAUCCGCCGCCGAUGCCAAUGCUGAUGCCUCAACCACAACUGAAGGUCGCCUUUCCGCCAUCCUCCUCUCCAACUCCGUUCGAGACUUUUCAUUCAAGCGUGUACCCUCCGAUUACUACGAAUGGACCCUCGAAGCCCGGCGCGACAUCCUUGGUGCCGCAUCCAUUCAUCAUCUCUGCAAGAGUAUUGUUUUGGUUAAUACCCAAGCACCACCCGAUGUAACUGACUGCAGUGAUAGAAACUAUUCCAAGUACUAUGUUGUUGUUGUUCAGUAUACUGCUCGCUUCAAUGCUGAGACUGUCAAGAAUUUCUUGUAUGCACUCAACAAUGGCAAGAUAUCAAAAAAGAAAUUCAAUAUGAGGCUCGCUCCAGAAGAAACAUCGGCAAAGUUGACUGGUUAUGAACACAAUGGAGUGACCUGUAUUGGCAUGAAAACUGAUAUACCGGUGAUAUUGGAUGAAGCAAUAACGAAACUCAACCCAGAUUUCUUCUGGUUGGGAGGCGGCGAGAUUGAUCUUAAAUGGGGGAUCAGGACUUCGGAGUUCAUUAAUUAUGUAAAGCCAUUCAUUGUUAACUGUAGCGGUAGUUGAAUUCUCCCAGCUAUUACUGAAUUAAUUGUAGAAGGCGCAACCUGAAUGUUUUACAUGGAGACAUCCGACUGAGAAUCCUUGUGCCUAACUAGUACUAUGUAGAUGGGAUUCUUCUAUACGAUGUCCAGGUCUGCAGUGGUCGAGAUAUCAUUCUUUUGGUCUCAUUGCUAAAUAUUCUUGGGACGUUCCAUUGUUAAUUUGUAUGAUUAUCCCUAAUCUUUCUCCAUGGAUCAAUUAUUCUAUUGGUCUCACACUUUGUUGCGAACU